AUUAUUUAUACUCUCAACAAAUGCUUGAGUUUAGCUUAGAAAAUGACAAAUCAAAAUUAAUGAACAACAAUCAAGAUAAAGUCAGUGAUCAAAAUAAACUUUUUGAUAUCGAUUUCUCAGAUGAAGAAAAUAAUAUAGUACUAUCUAGAUUAUAUAAAGGGCAAAGUUUUCAACUAUAG